AUCUGAGUUCCAAUCAAACCAUCAAAAUUAUUUGCUUGCAUUGGGGGACUUUUAGCCAGAUCAAAAGAACUCUCACUCGAAACUACUGAACCUUUCACCAUUGGCAGACUUCUCUCUCUCGCUAUAUAUAAAAAUAUCUUGAUGCUGCAGAAAACCGCCUUGAAGAACUACAGAAGUUUUCUUGCUACGAUAAGCUUGCAAAUAUUGAAAUGGUCUCGUGCUGACUGACCAAGAAGAAGAAUUCUCCAUCUAUGCUUUGGGAACCUGUCUCUAGAUAAAGGACUAAUGGGAGGAAAUGCUUUUAAAGGAAUCCUGGAGGACCUUUUUGAUAAUUAAGCAUAACAGAGGUGAUUAAUUCCAGGAUUUCUGCCACCACCCCCUUUCAAAUGCUGUUAAUAUCCACAGUUAAUAUCCAGGGUUGUCUAUAGUGUUUCGUGAAUGCUGGAUUCUAAAUAUAUAGUAUAAGUGUCCUGGAGGGGAAGGAAAACCCAGGAGUCUGGAAGGAGGCUGACUACAUCACUUUGGGAAACAAGGGAGAAGUGACCACAAAAUCCCUCUAAGAUGGAUAGUCCUUUCAAGAUGGACUACCUCCUAGAUGUUGACUCUGCCUAUCGGCUGUUUUACAGUCAAGGAGCUCAAGCUCGCCGGGCGACCCUGCUCACCGUACCCACAUUAAUGGCGGCAUCUUCCGAGGAGGACAUAGACCGGAGACCCAUCAGGAGAGUCCGGUCCAAGAGUGACACCCCUUACCUCGCGGAGGCCAGGAUCUCCUUCAACCUCGAGGCAGCUGAAGAAGUGGAGAGACUGGCAGCCAUGCGCUCGGACUCGCUUGUUCCAGGGACACACACCCCUCCGAUUAGGAGACGGAGCAAAUUCGCCACUCUAGGAAGAAUUUUCAAGCCAUGGAAGUGGCGGAAGAAGAAGAGUGAAAAGUUCAAGCACACCUCAGCAGCACUUGAAAGAAAAAUAUCAAUGAGGCAAAGCAGAGAGGAGCUUAUCAAGAGAGGAGUGCUAAAGGAAAUUUUUGAUAAAGAUGGGGAGCUUUCCAUACAAAAUGAAGAAGGAUCAUUGGAGAAUGGGCAGGCUCUGAGUUUCAGCCAGGCUUCACUCCCAGCCCUAUCUGAAUUGGACCCAUGUUCAGCAUCUGUCGACUCCUGUACAUAUGAAAUACUCCCAACUCCGGAGAUCAUGGAUGGAACAGCGUCCGAAGAGAGCCCCACGUCCAGUGAAUCUGGAGUCCACCUUUCUCAAGAUCCUUCAUCUAAACCAGUCUUGCUACUUCCCCCCAAAAAAUCUGCUGCUUUCUCUGGAGACCAUGAGGACACCCCAGUGAAACAGCUCUCCCUCCUCAAACAGCCCCCUGCCCUGCCUCCUAAACCCAUUGCCAGGAUUGCCAACCACUUAGCUGAUCCUGGUGCGCCUGUGAAACUGCCUUGUAUGCCAGUCAAACUGUCGCCUCCGCUACCUCCAAAGAAAGUCAUGAUCUGCAUGCCUUUAGGGGGACCAGACCUCUCCCUUGCACCCUAUUCCACACAGAAGAGCUGCCAGCAACCAUUGGCUUCGCAUCACCACACGGUUCUACCGUCACACUUAGCACACCAGCAUCAGUACGGCAGCCACAGCCCACAUUUGCCUUCUGGAUCCAGCACGUUGCCCAUGCAUCCUUCAGGGUGUCGCAUGAUCGAGGAGUUGAACAAGACACUGGCCAUGACCAUGCAGAAGCUAGAAAGCUCUGGUCUGCAUGGGGGAGACAGUGUCACCAAAUGUGGACCAGGAGGCCUUUCAGACAUGAGACAAGUGCCAACGGUUGUGAUCGAAUGCGAUGACAAUAAAGAAAAUGUGCCUCAUGAAUCUGACUAUGAAGAUUCUUCAUGCCUCUAUGCAAGAGAAGAAGAGGAUGACGACGAAGAGGAAGAUGAGGACAGCUCAAUAUUUACAAGUUCCCUCGCCAUGAAAGUCUGCAGGAAGGACUCUUUAGCCAUCAAACUUAGCAACAGGCCAUCUAAACGAGAACUGGAGGAAAAGAACAUCCUACCCAUGCAGACCGAUGAGGAGAGGCUUGAGCUGAGGCAGCAAAUCGGGACAAAGCUGACAAGACGACUGAGCCAGAGGCCAACUGCUGAAGAAUUGGAGCAGAGGAACAUUCUCAAACCGCGGAAUGAGCAAGAGGAGCAGGAAGAAAAACGGGAGAUAAAGAGAAGAUUAACACGCAAGCUAAGUCAAAGGCCUACAGUAGAAGAGCUGCGCGAAAGGAAAAUUCUCAUCCGCUUUAGUGAUUAUGUGGAAGUGGCAGAUGCUCAGGAUUACGACAGGCGGGCGGACAAGCCAUGGACACGGCUCACAGCUGCUGACAAGGCGGCAAUUCGCAAAGAGCUCAAUGAGUUUAAAAGCACUGAAAUGGAAGUUCACGAAUUAAGCAGGCAUUUAACAAGGUUUCAUAGACCAUAGAAAUUGAGCACUCCACCAUCUUCAAAACAUAUCUGGAAAGAACCAUAAGUGCUGGUACCAUUCACUUCUCUGUUAAUGUACAAUGUAAAUUUCCUGGACUGCCUUUUUAAAAACCAAGAAGAGGAGGAAGACGAUGACAACAGGGAAACUUGUGUUUUCCUGUACUUGGUAGAACUACAUCAUGAGACAUGUUGGCACAACUUUCAGCAACCGAAGCCACCCAUGGCAAGAAUCGGGCCAGGAGUUGGCACUCAUAUUCGAAACUCUGCUGUGUGGAUUCCCCAUCCUAAUCCAAGAUCAGCCGUUAAUGCAUCCCGUCUUCCUUCAAGCAUCUCCCAUCUGACUCCAAAGAAAGCUGAAGGCAGUUGGUGUUGGGCAUAGACCUGCUGGACAAAAGCUGGGACAAGGCCUGCCAUCCUUCUGGGUCAACACUUUGAGCAAACACUUCUUUCUGUUUGAGAGCACCUUAGAAAGAUGCGGGGGAAGGCCAAGACCCGCUCAGAGGAUCUACCUAUCUUUGACACUUCACAAGAAUCAUCCCUGGAGGAUCUCUUGGCUGGCUGGCUGGCUGUCACCCAUUUGUUUUGUGAGGGAAACACCCAGAAGAUUCCUUGUCACCCAUCUCUUUCAUUCAAGUGACACCCCCCCCCUUUGCUGCAAAAAGUGAUGUUUUGAAAUUGUUGCCGAUUAUUACAGGGAUAUUCAGUAACAUGCUUAUUACCUUUACAGACAGAACGAGUCAGGAUGCCUUUUGCCCUGCUUGGUAACUUCCUGCUUUCAUUUACACCUGCAUAAAGAGGCUGGAUGGCAGAGCAGCUCUGCCAGUUAACCAAAUUGAUACAGCAUGCCAACUUUACUUAGAUGCUGCAGGUUCCGUAAGAUGUGCAAUGCAGAGAAGAAAGGAGCUUGAGAUCAUUUGUAGGGUCAAUUUUGCUCUGUGCGCAUGGAUACGUUUAUUUUUUAAGAGCUGGGAUUUCUGUUGUGUAGAACACUACCUGGUGUAAAUAACAAAAUAUGUUGUCAUUAAUGUCCCAGCAUGAUACUGAGAACCAAAGCAUUUGGAUUAGAUGUGUGGAGGGUUUUUUUGUUUUGUUAUUAAGGCAUUGGCUCUUCUCUUAAUAGGAUGACCCUUGCACAUUGGAUAGCGUUCCAGAUGCCUGUCUUUGAAAGCACUUUGGCUAAGCCCACCAAUUUGAUGCCUCCUGGUAAGGAACCCCCAACUCUUUCAGCAGCUGAGCCCUGAGCAUGCCUCUCCCAAGUGAAGUUCACUUCCCACACUUCUCCACCG